UGUCUCCCUCCUUUGUUCGUCUCUGCAACUUCUCAUCGACCUCGUUUGACGAUUCCGCCAUUUUUGCUCACAAAGAGCAGCUGCAGCUCUACCCAAAUACAGCAGUUCUAGCUCAUGAAGGUUUAGCUGCGCGCGGCGGGCUCCAUUCGAAUCUUGGCUACGAGUAGCAGAGCGUACGUAGCUGAAGCUCCAUCGUCAUCAGCUUUGAAAUGGCUCUUGAUGGUUCGGACGUCGAAGAGCUGAACCGCUCCCUCGGUCCCGGUCAGGUAUCCGGUGACACGGAGCCGGUCGACGGCGCGGGCGGCGUCCAGGUCACGUGCUUCAGCGAAGUCGUCAAUGAAGUCACUCUCCACUUCCAAAUCAUCCGCCUCCCCAAGCAGAUAUAUGCAUGGGUAGGCUGCAAUUCUUCCAAACUGGGGCAUCUAUACGCUGCUGCAUCCACACGACCCAACAAUGCUGUGAGCGUUGCAUCUAUACUUGGUGGAGGUUCAGACAAUGCUGGGUCAGGCAUUGCCAGACGAUUGGUGUUGAAGACUGGCAUCAAUAUCGUUCUUGCUUGCAAUAUCCCCAAGAACAGCCCAACGAUUGAGGCAGAUGCUGAGAGAAUAUUAGUGAAGAAGCUCAUUGAUCUCGGCUUUGGGAGAGGCCGAAAUGUAAAAUAGAACUACUGCAAUGCUAAUUUUAAUCAAUACCGCAUGCAUCAAGACUUGUGCCAGCCAACACAACGGAAGGAUUUCUCCAUUGUUCUUUGAUGGAUCAUGUAUAAAUAUACAUACAUUAGAAAGCUUCCAAGGUCCAAGUUUGAGCAGAUUCACUUGCUUGAAGCAUGGAAGUGCCUUCGAUGUAUUCAUGUUUGCUAAGGAUAUGCCCUUCGAAUGGAUAUUCGUCGUCCUUCUCCAA